CGCGCGGGACGCCGAAGGGGCUGCGCGCCGAGGAAGAGGAGGCCCGGCGAGGAAUGUGGGGAGCCGGCAUGGCGGCCGGGGAAGGUCUGCCACAGGUGCUCCGGGCGGUCCGGGAGCAAGUGCAGCAGGCGGCGGCCCGGAGGUCCCAGAGCUUACCUACCAUGCAGCCUCGCUUAGUUGCUGUCAGUAAAACAAAACCAGCAGAAAUGGUCAUUGAGGCUUACAACCAUGGGCAGCGCAGUUUUGGAGAAAACUAUGUCCAAGAAUUAUUAGAAAAGGCAUCAGACUCCAGAAUUCUUUCUUCUUGUCCGGAGAUUAAAUGGCAUUUCAUUGGCCACCUGCAGAAGAAUAAUGUCAACAGGCUGAUUGCGGUACCUAACCUAUUUAUGCUGGAAACGGUGGAUUCCAUUAAACUGGCAGAUAAGGUGAAUAGUUCCUGGCAGAAGAAGAGUUCUUCUGAAAAGCUAAAGAUUAUGGUGCAAGUGAACACCAGUGGAGAAACUAGUAAACAUGGGCUUCCACCUGGGGAAGCAGUGACAACAGUGGAACAUAUCCUUCAGAAAUGUCCCAGCCUACAAUUUGUUGGCUUGAUGACAAUUGGAAGCUUUGGGCAUGAUCUCAGUAAGGGUCCCAAUCCUGACUUCCAGAUGUUAAUAUCUCUGCGUCAAGAACUGUGUGAAAAACUCAAUAUCCCCAUUGAAAAGGUUGAGCUGAGCAUGGGGAUGUCUACAGACUUUCAACACGCAAUCGAAGUUGGAUCUACCAACGUCAGAAUUGGAAGCACAAUCUUCGGCGAGCGCAGCUAUCCCAACAAACCUCCUAGCGACAAAACCCAGAAGGAGGUCAAAGACAGAUUGGAGAAUUUGACAGUAAAAGAGGACUGAUGGCAGCAGCCCCAGGGAUUCCCUCCGUUGGAGAGAAUCUGGUCGGAUACCCAGGCACUUGACUCUCCCUUUGUGCGGACAGCAGCAGGGCACUGGCAGGUAACUGGCGGGUGUGGCAGGCUCUUCAGCACCUGUACCUUUAUUCUUGUAUAUCCAUUGAGGUUGCAUUUAUGAAAAACAAAAACAAAAAAACAGCAGCACCUGUGAUUGACAAGAACUUCAGUACUUUAACUGCAGUGACUGGAUGACCGUUUGACUGAAGCCCUCCUGGGUCUGGGCAGACCACCAUUUCCAAGAGUGGCCGUGACGCACUUCUAAUCAGAGGCAUGUUUCUGCUUUGCUUCCCCUGAAGCAAGGCUGCCUUAGGGAAAGGUUAUUCCCCACCCUCCCACUCUCAAAAGCUUUUACAGGCCAACUUCUGUGCUUCGUGUAGACUGAAGCAUCCUUGUUAUCUAAAUCUUCCAGUGGCAUUUCCGAAAACAUGCUCAGCAUGAGCGGUUUGCUGAGUAGCACGUGGGGGAAAGAUGGGUGGGGAUCCCCUUGCACAUCAAACCCAUUAUUGGUUGUGAGGUUUGGAAGAGGUUGGGGCUGAAAUUGUUCUCUGAAAAUCGCAACUGCCGACACUGAUGACUAGCCCUUUGCUUUACCAUUUGCUCUAUAAAGUAGUGUCCCUCCCCCCCCCCGCCUUUAUUUGGAUCAGUUAAAGGUUGGGACGAUUCUGAUAGGAAGCAGGAUGGCCUGCUUGUAAAAGCCGAGAAGCUCACUGGCCCUGCUGCUAACGUGCAGGGUGAUCUCAGCCAAAUCACUUAACCGUGCUGUGCCUGAUCCCUAUAUGAGAAAUGGGGCUGACCUACCUCACAUAGCAAAUUGAGGGGUUGCUGGGGGUGAAACCCCUCUCCCUUGUUAUCAUCAUUCCAUAGGAAAGGCAGUGCUGCAGAACAAAGCAGCCUUCAACAGAAGGCCGAGCCACAUCUUGCAGCCAGCAAUGGUUUGCUCGCUUGUGUAUGCGCAUGCAGGAAUUGCAAGGUGGAAUUGCAAGAUUGGAAAUGGCACAUAUGCAAAUAACAGUUCUCCCGGGGAAACUAUGGAAUUUCCGCGUUCUAAUGCAAAGCCCUGUCUUCCUGGAUUUGGGGUCUGGAGUGUUAGGAAAUGGUGAUGGGUUAUAUCCCCCACUGUAUAUACUGUGCCCCCAUCUUUAGAAAGUAUACUUUGACAAAAAUCUUGUUGAAACAGAAUGCACCAUUAACAAUCCAUCAGAGCA